GCUUCGGAACAUUAGCCGUAUGACAUUUCGUGGCAUCGUGCGAUUCUGAUCAUACUGAUGAUAGAUACAUGUAGCUGAAAACUCCAUGAUGUUGCAAUCGAUUAUAUCUUCACUAAAUUCCCACAAAAUUGUUUUAGCGAGUGGAUCUCCACGAAGGAAAACAAUUCUGCAAAACCAUGUCGGAAUGGUAUUUGAUGUAGUCCCAUCGACAUUUGAGGAAAACAUUGACAAAAGUCUUCCUCCAAUUGAAUAUGUACGAGAGACGGCUAAACAGAAGGCGUUGGAGGUGGCUCAGAGACUUUGUAUUGGAGAUGGAUCACCGGAUUUGAUUAUCAGUGCUGAUACUGUGGUAAAACAAGAUAACAUGAUAUUUGAAAAACCAAAAGACCGCCAGGAUGCAUUCAAUAUGAUAAUGAGAUUUAGUGACAGAAAGCAUUCAGUGUGUACAGGUGUUACAUUAGUGUGUCCUGUGAAUUCUACAGCUUUUACCGGAUCAAAAGUUGAGGGCUAUGAGAACUUAUUGAUGACACAGUUCCACGAGUCAACAGAUGUGAUGAUGGCUAAGUUAACCCCAGAGAUCGUCAAUGCUUACAUAGACACAGGAGAAUGCAUGGACAAAGCAGGUGGCUACGGCAUCCAGGCAAUCGGAGCAUCCUUGGUGGAAGGGAUCUAUGGCGAUUAUUACAACGUGAUGGGAUUUCCUCUCCACCGAUUCUGUAAAGAACUGCUAGAAAUAUACAAUAAAAAGUGACUUAAACCUUA